CAGCAGGGGCUGCGGCACACGGGCGACAGAGCCAGAGAGGUGUCAAGUGCAGCUCGGACGCACGGACCGGGCCGAUUUACCCUUUUCUUCCAUCUGCACCCAGUUGUCUUCAGCAUGGCAGAACAGAACCACUCUCCUAGAAAGGAACUUCAGCACAGGACACGAGCAGAGUCUCCAGGAAAGAAAAGCUGGCAUUCCCAGGCCUAUGCCCUUGGGGCCAUUUCCAACUUUAUGUCUACUUUUCUGACCUUCCCUAUCUAUAAGGUUGUGUUCCGUCAACAGAUACAUGCUAUGGUGGUGUCAGAGGCUGUGCGACAGCUUUGGCAUGAAGGCCCUCAAUACUUCUACCGGGGAAUAUACCCACCUCUUCUCUCCAAGACAUUGCAAGGGACUCUACUGUUUGGGACUUAUGAUAGCCUGCUGUGUUCUCUCUCCCCUAUUGGGCCACACUCACUGGGACACCGCUGGACUGCAGGGCUCAUGUCUGGUGUGGUGGAGGCUGUGGCACUGAGCCCCUUUGAAAGGGUGCAAAAUGUGCUCCAGGAUGGUCGCAAGCAAGCUCGCUUCCCCAGCACCUUCAGCAUUCUCAAGGAAUUCAACUCUUAUGGGCUUUGGGGGCGGCUGUCACUGGGCUACUAUCGUGGUUUCUGGCCUGUCCUUCUCAGGAACAGCCUGGGGAGUGCUCUGUAUUUUUCCUUCAAAGACCCCAUCCAGGAUGGCUUGGCAGAGCAAGGCCUGCCCCACUGGGUUCCUGCCUUAGUGUCUGGGAGUGUCAAUGGAACAAUCACCUGCCUAGUUCUGUAUCCUUUGAUUGUGCUAGUGGCCAAUAUGCAGUCCCAUAUUGGCUGGCAAAGAAUGCCAAGCCUAUGGGCCUCUGCCCAGGACGUGUGGGACACUCGGGGCCGAAAGGUGUUCCUCAUCUACCGUGGCGGCUCCCUGGUCAUCCUAAGGUCCAGCGUGACAUGGGGCCUCACUACUGCUAUCCAUGACUUCCUGCAGAGGAGAUAUCAUUCCAGGAAAGAGCUGAAAGACUGACUAACUGUAGAAAGUGUGGCCAUGGCAACUUUGUUAUCCUAAGCCUUCCCAGUUGGUCUAAAUAGCUUACAUCUUUGGCUUGGUUACCCAAUGCAACAACUGUUUAGCAUCUUUGAACUGUGAGUGCAUGGGAGAAGUUGUCAACCACCAGCCUGUUGGGCAAAGACAAAGCCCAACAGGGUUCCUUGGCCAGAAAAAAGAAAGUCACCCCAGUCCAUCCACAGCUUCAACAGCCUCAGACCCAGGAGGCCCUUAAAAAAGCUUGUGACCCAGGUGAAAUGUCAUUCCUUUAAAGAAUUCCUUGACAAUAAGAGUAAAACUUUAAAAGAUGACCUUAGUUAGGCACUGUGAGUUCUGGGACCCCUCCAGUUGUCCUUUGGACUAAACUUAGUGGAGGACCAGAUACUCCAAUUUCAAAGAACUAUGCUUGACUUAGGAUGCAGAUUCCAUAGAACAUCUCAGAUGACUGCAUUUUCAUGAUAUUGUUCACUACCCCUGCCACCAUCACUCUCACUUCUCAGGGCUGUAGGUUCUUGUUUCAGUCAGGCUGGCAUUCGUGGAUGGAAAUCCUAAAUUAGGCUUGCCUCAACUGAUCAGAUGUCAUAAGAACUGAUGGGGCUGGAUAUAGGGGUGGGAAGAAGUAUUGUCACUUAUGUCGCUAGAUGGAAGGAAUAGACUUUGAGGGAAGAGAUUUAGGUCAUGAGAAAAAUUUACUAUAGAUUGCUUGGUAUUAUCUUCCAGUAUAUUUUUGAUAGCAGGGCAAUAACACUGCCUAGAAACCACUUGAGUUUCCCUAAUAAAUCUGGAAGUGAAAUGACCAUAUAUCUUCACAAAUAAUUGCAUAUUUUAUUGUGUGGAUAAAUACAGUUACAGUGACAUAAAUAGAAAUCUUAGCCUGUAGUUCAAAGCUAUUCAAAAUAUGGUCUCCAUAUAACUUGCAGCAUUUUAUCACACCACUACCACUUACAUAGAUCCCAUACAACCAGCCAAACUGAACUAUUGUUCUCUCCCCCAAAAUGCCAUGAACUUUCUCAUGGCAGUGCUUUGGCCCACACUAUUUCUCCACCUGCAGUAUCUGUUCCCCACAUGCUAGUCUGCCAAAACCCUUCCAGGUCCUCAAAGCCUAGCUCACAUGCCACCUUCUCUGUGGAGACUCUUCUGAUUUCCCAUAACUGAAUGUUACAUUAGUCUCUAGUGAUGCCCUUUUCCAAUAACACUUCAUACAUGGCACUGAUUCCAUUAUGUCACUGAUCUCAUGGUGCCCUGUGUUCUUCUUGAUAUUCUUCAAUACCUCCUACUAGACUGUAAAACUCCUUGAAAACAGGAAUUCUUGUAUGCAUUUUAAAAUCUCCCAUUGUACCUAGGUGCUCAAUAAUGUUGGCUGAUUACCGAAUUGAUUGUCAAGCUGUGAUAUGAUCUUUAUCCUCAGGGUGCUGUCCCUUGUACAUGAAAAUGAUGUUAUUGACUCACUGUCAGCAAGACACAACCUUUGAGGUGUGAUUUUGUUUUCUUUUAUUAGUGGAUUUAGUUUUGUGCUAAUGAUAAUGCUGCUGCUGAUAAUAAUAAUAAAUGACUAUUAACUAGAA